CAAACACAUCUGCACUAAUACCUACUUCGACAGGCUAUCAAAAAUCACGAUUUAAUCUUACCAGCCCAUUCCACAGUGGAAUAUCUCGCUAUGAAACUUUCGUAUAAAAUCAUGAUAUCUGCGAUGGCGAUUUAUGCUGCUGCUCGAGACGGCGGUCCGCCAUGCCAAACAGUCACGUCAACCAGAAGUAUCUGUUCCACCUUCGUCCAGAAAGCUUGCCUUGCCUUGUCAACUAUUCAAAAGCGCUGCGGGUGCCCUUCCGUGGUGCCGACAACGACAGUCAACUACCCCUGCGACGGACCGCGACCUACCGGUUGUAUGGACACAUCGUACAUAUACGAGACAGCGACCCCGACUUGCGACGUACCCGUGAUCCUCACGCCGACUCCCUCAACUAACAUAACUAUAAUACCCAUUAUACCGACUGGUGGGGUGCCACAGGCAUGUCCUACAAUCUUCACAAAGAAGACAGUGUGCUCGACAUGCAUCAACCUCCUGUGCGUGAGGUCUUCCACAAUCUCUCGACUAUGUCACUGUCCAACACUAGUUCCUACAGUCACUCAAGCUUUCCCAUGCGGUGGAGAGUGUCCUGGUGGCUGCGGGGCCACUGUAUAUGUUGAAGCCACGGAGACACCCAUCUGUACCUCGUCAUCUGAGAAGGCUGUGCUCUGAUCGACGAUGCUCGACAUUCCAAGUGGUGAUAGUUUGUACAGAUUCUUACCAGUAGUCUGUAUGUUGUUCAGUCUAGACGUUGAUGUAGGUG